AUGGAAAGCCAGUUUAUUUCCAAUCAAGCCCUCAAUCAUCUCACCUGGUACCCUCCCACUUAUAAUAUUAAUUCCACCAAUUCUUCCAGCAACAAUCCAAAACAAAAAACAAGCCCAUGCACUUGGACUGGUGUUUCAUGCAACGCAGUUGGAAGUGUCAGCAAGCUAAACCUUUCCACUUGUAGUAUUCAAGAUAGGGAACUUGAAAUCUCUAGUAAAUCUGGAUUUGUCCGCCAUCAGUUGUCUGGGAGAAUCCCACCAGAAAUCAGUCUCCUAAGAAAUCUUACAUAUCUUGGUCUCUCUAAAAAUACUUUGUUGGGGGAAAUUCCCAAUGAGAUAGGCAACCUGAAAUCUCUUGCAGAGCUAUAUUUGUAUAAGAAUCAACUCGAUGGUUCAAUUCCAAGAUCACUAGGCAAUCUAACAAGCCUUACCCAUCUCUAUCUCUAUGAUAAUAAACUUUCUGGUUCUAUUCCUCAUCAGGAGAUAGGGAACUUGAAAUCUCUAGUAAAUCUGGAUUUGUCCACCAAUCAGUUGUCUGGGAGAAUCCCACCAGAAAUCAGUCUCCUAAGAAAUCUUACAUAUCUUGGUCUCCUUGAAAAUACUUUGUUGGGGGAAAUUCCCAAUGAGAUAGGCAACCUGAAAUCUCUUGCAGAGCUAUAUUUGUGUAAGAAUCAACUCAAUGGUUCAAUUCCAAGAUCACUAGGCAAUCUAACAAGCCUUACCCAUCUCUAUCGCUAUGAUAAUAAACUUUCUGGUUUGAUUCCCAAGGAGAUAGGGAACUUGAAAUCUCUUGUAGAUCUAGAGUUGUCCAAUAACAGUUUAAGUGGUCUCAUCCCUCCAAAUAUUAGUAACUUAAUAAACCUAAACACUUUGUACUUGGAUUCCAAUCAACUCAAUGGUUCAAUUCCUGUUUCAAUCGGUGACUUGCGCAACUUGGAACACUUCCACCUAGGUGAUAACAAACUUUCCCGCCCUAUCCCCCAAGAUAUAGAGAAUCUCAAGAAGUUGACUAGACUGCAAUUGGCUAUAAACCAAUUUACUGGUUAUCUGCCCCAAAAUAUUUGCCAAGGUGGAAAACUCACAAACUUUUCAGUAUUCAGAAACUAUUUGACGGGUCCAAUCCCCAAAAGCUUGAAAAACUGCACGAGCUUAUUCAGACUCCGUCUUGAACAGAACCAAUUCACAGGCAAUAUAUCUGAAGACUUUGGCGUUUAUCCGAAUCUUCAUUUUAUAGAUGUAAGCCAUAACAACUUUUAUGGAGAAAUCUCACACAAUUGGCAAAAAUGCCCAAAGUUGACAACCCUGCGACUUGCAGGAAACAACCUUACUGGGAGCAUCCCACCAGAGAUAGGCAAUGCAACCCAAAUUCAAGAGCUAGAUCUCUCUUCGAAUCAUUUAGUUGGGUUGAUUCCAAUGGGAUUCGGAAGACUGACUUCUUUGGAGAGGUUGAUGUUGAAUGGAAAUCAGCUUUCAGGUCAUAUACCCUUUGAAUUUGGAUCAUUGAAUGAUCUUGAUUAUCUUGACUUGUCAACAAAUAAAUUCAGUGACUCAAUUCCCAGCAUUCUAGGUGACUUGCUCAAAUUAUACCAUCUGAAUUUGAGCAACAACAAGUUAUCUCAAGUAAUUCCACUUCAGUUGGGGAAGUUAGUUCAAUUGAAUGAGUUGGAUUUAAGUCAUAACUCUCUUGAAGGUAGCAUACCAUCAAAAAUGAGUAAUAUGGAGAGUUUGGUGACGCUCAAUCUUUCCCACAACAAUCUUUCGGGUUCCAUACCAUCAAGUUUCGAAGAGAUGCACGGCUUGUCGGACGUUGACAUAUCCUACAAUCACUUGGAAGGUCCCCUUCCCAACAUCAAGGCAUUUGAAGAAGCUCCGCCAGAAAGAUUGAAAGGGAACAAAGGAUUGUGUGGCAAAGUUGGAGCUCUACUGCCACCCUUGCAAAGAAAGAAGAAGCAUCAAGAUACUAAACAAAACCAAAUGCAUGGAGAAAUUUCCUUUUCAGUUUUAAAUUUUGAUGGAAAAUCAAUGUAUGAGGAAAUCAUAAGGGCAACAGAAGAUUUUGAUUCCACAUAUUGCAUUGGGAAGGGAGGACAUGGAAGCGUCUACAGAGUGAAUUUGCCAUCUGGAGACAUAGUGGCCGUGAAGAAACUCCAUAUGCUAUGGGACGGUGAGACAAAAUUUCAGAAGGAGUUCUUGAAUGAAGUAAGGGCGCUCAGUGAGAUAAGACAUCAGAAUAUUGUGAAGCUCUAUGGUUUCUGUGCACAUAAACGACACUCGUUUUUGGUGUAUGAGUAUCUUGAAAGAGGUAGCUUGGCCGCAAUGUUGAGCAAAGAUGAAGAAGCUAAAGAGUUGGGGUGGAGUAAAAGGGUGAAUAUUGUUAAAGGCUUAGCUCAUGCCUUGUCUUACAUGCACCACGAUUGCUUGCCACCGAUUGUACAUCGUGACAUCUCAAGCAAGAACAUUUUGUUGGAUUCUGAAUAUGAGGCAUGUGUUUCAGACUUUGGCACAGCUAAGUUUUUGAAUCCAUACUCAACCAAUUGGACUGCGGCUGCAGGCACACAUGGCUAUAUGGCACCAGAGCUUGCUUACACAAUGAAAGUGAAUGAGGACUGUGAUGUUUAUAGCUUUGGUGUGGUCACGUUGGAAAUAAUUAUGGGAAAGCAUCCUGGAGAUCUUUCUCAUCUUUCUCAUCAGUCUCUUCAUCCUCCUCCUCCUCACAUCAUCUGCAUUACCAGCCCAUCAAAUACCAAUUGUGGAUGUUUUGGACCAACGCAUUUUCCCUCCUACGCAUCAAGUUGCAAGCGAAGUGGUCUCUCUUGUGAAGAUAGCAUUUUCAUGCUUGAAUUCCAGCCCAAAAUCUCGCCCAACAAUGAAACAAGUUUCUCAUUUCCUCUCAACUCAGAUGAUGCAUUUGUCGAAGCCGGUACAUAUGAUGACAUGUGGUGA